ACUUUUGUCUCUAUUUCCAGGACAGAAACACAAACACAUAAUAUCUAAACCAUGGCGACUCAAUAUAAACUACCGUUUGAGCUGGACGACCCGAGUCUGCUCCACUUCGACUCAUUUGUGGGCGACAAAUGGGUCCAAUCAAAGAGCGGCAAACGCUUCCAAGUCAUCGACCCCGGAACCGAUAUUCCAUGGGCUAGCUGUCCGGCCAACGGCGCCGAGGAUGUCGCAUCCGCCGUAGAAACCGCGCACGCCGCGUUCGAGCAAUACAAGAAGAGCAACCCCCGCCAGCGGGCACAAUGGCUCAUGAAAUGGGACGCCCUCAUCCGCGCAGCUAAGCCCGACCUUGCCAAGAUCGUCACCCACGAGACAGGCAAGCCGCUGGCCGAAUCCUACGGCGAGAUCGACUAUGCGACGGGUUUCACCUGGUGGUUCGCCGGCGAGGCCGAGCGCAUCCACGGUGGGAUCAGCGUGCCCUCGGCGCCAAAUCGCCGGGUGUUUACUGUCAAGCAGCCGAUCGGUGUGGCGGCCGCCUUGGUGCCCUGGAAUUUCCCGAUCGCGAUGGUUCUGCGCAAGGCGGGCGCGGCCUUCGCGGCCGGUUGCACAAUGAUUGUGAAGCCGAGUCCCGAGACGCCCUUGUCGGCGCUGGUGUUGGCGCAUCUGGCGCAGAAAGCGGGAUUCCCCGCCGGCGUGUUUAACGUGUUGACCACGGAUCUAGAGAAUACGCCGCCGUUGAGUGAGGCGUUGUGUAAGCAUCCGUUGGUGAAGAAGGUGACCUUUACCGGCUCUACGCGGGUCGGGAAGUUGAUUGCGGCUCACUGCGCCCAUGGGCUGAAGAAGUUGACGUUGGAACUGGGCGGAAACUGUCCAUUCUUGGUGUUCGACGAUGCUAAUCUGGACCAGGCGCUGGACCAGCUCAUGGCGUUGAAGUGGCGGCAUGCCGGUCAGGCGUGUAUUACGGCUAACCGGGUGUAUGUCCAAGCGGGUGUCUAUGAUCGGUUUGCGCAGCUGCUCAAGGAACGCACACAGAAGUUGGUCGUGGGCCAUGGCGCUACAGAGGGCACGACCAUGGGCCCCUUGACCACCCCGCGCAGCAUUGACAAGGCGCUCAGCCAGGUGGAAGACGCUCGUCGACUAGGGGCUGAUGUGAUCCUGGGAGGUAGCCGGGUCUCCGAUACUAAGGGGUACUUCUUUGAGCCCACGAUCCUGACCGGCAUGACCAAGGAGAUGCUGGUAUCUCGGGAAGAGACGUUUGCACCUAUCGCCGCACUCUAUAAAUUUGAAACGGAGGAAGAGGCAGUGCAGCUAGCUAAUGACACUAGCAUGGGACUGGCGAGUUACGCGUUCACCAAGAAUAUUGACCGCAUGUGGCGACUGUUGGAGAAUCUGGAGGCCGGCAUGAUUGGUAUGAACACAGGGAACUCGUCGGCUGCAGAGUCACCAUUUGGAGGGAUCAAAGAGUCAGGAUACGGGAAGGAGAGCGGGAAGGAAGUGGCCGUGAAUGAGUACCUGGUGACGAAAACGGGAACUCUUACGAUUGAGGGACAGUACUAGCCAUACAAUAUAGUGUGCUAUGCAGGUUAGUGUGAUUUAAGUGCAGUUGGGAUGCAUGGGCACGGGAAAGGAUGAGUUGUCCUUUUUUUUGGUCAUUUUGCAAAGGAGAGGUCCCAUAAAUCAUCUAGCAGUAGUGGAUAUAGGAAGUCUAAUCGAGUGGAUUUGACAAUUAAUAAUACUUGUGGUCUAAGAGACUGACUAUAUCUUAAAAGAGCGAAAGGAUUAAAA